AUGCGUCCUAUAUUGAAGAAGAGACCUAGAGAAGAGACAGUCAGCUGUCUGUCCCCAAACAAGUUGUUGGCAAAGAGCUGCAAUUUGAGAGGUGGAAGGCACAAACAGACAAGAAGACCUGGAGACCAGAAGACCCAUGCUCUCGGAAAGGCUCCUCCCCACCCAUCUGAUGCUCCAAAGUGGAAUGAUGGUCCCCCUGGCCACCUUUCCUCAGUACCCAGUCAGAAUUCGGCAGAAACCCUGGCCAAAUAUAGUUGGAAGCAAAAGAAGGCAUCUCAGAAAGCCGAGGAGAAAAAAAAGAAUCGUGUGACAUUCAAUUUAUCAGUCACAGACUUUGGGGCCCACCAGUCUUUCGCCUCCAUAGAUGAUGACUUCGAUGAUGCCGAUAGCAAGGCUCCUGUCUUCAAACCUGAGCUAGUCACUGCCCAUUGCUUCAGGCGAUUGAAGCAGAAAGACUUCCGUCUGCCACAGAGCCGCCGGCGGAUCAUCAUUGUGUCUGGCACAAAGGACCAGGUGCGAGCCCAGCCCACAACCCCUCCUCAAGCUCCGCUUCCACUCACGCCCAGCUUCCAAGUUCCCGAUGUUGGAGACACCCAAGAGCUACCAGUGAACAUGAAGCUCUUGCUGAGUCAGAGGGCCAAGCUUCGGAAGCAGCUGGAGACAUUUGGCGAUGUCAAGACGUGGCUAGACAACAAACCCACCAUCACGUCCUCAGAAUUCAAGGUUCUGUGCAUGAUUCGCCAGGAGCAAACAGCCCCAAAGCGUACCUUGAUUCCAGUCGGGAAACCCAAGGGUAAACCUCUCAAACAUACCCGCCAGCCUAUACCCCAGCUUCGACUGCCUAAGCCCCCUGUCCUGUCUGACAUGUAUGCCUUCCUGCGGAGUCGAAAGAUCAAGAUCCUGGAGGUAUUUAGCAAGGCGGAUCGGAGUGAGAACCACCGCAUCUCCAGGGAGGACUUUCUCAUGGCUGUGAAGGCAAUUGGAGUUCCUCUGAAGAGCCAGGAGCUGGAGGACAUCAUCAUCUACCUUGGCUCUCUUGGGAAGCAGAAUGCCAUCACCACAGAAGCCCUGGCCAGUACCUACAAGCAGUGGUCACUGGUCCAUCAGCAAAGCACCAUACCUACCGCCAGGGAGUAUCACAAUUUGUCUACAAGGAGAACUGCCCUGAAAUAUCCCCCUAAAAUGCAGCAGGCUAUCUCAUCCCAACAGCCUCCCAACAUGGACCUGCUAAAGGUGCCUGAGGUUGAUACAAAGAUGGAGGGGCGGCCCAUGUCUGACGAGGACAUGGAGGAUGUGGGCAGACGGUACCGAGAGAGGCGGAGACAGUACAAGCUCUCUCUCCCCUCCAUCCAAUACCUGGAGAACUGCCGGCUGGUUCGAUCUGGAACAAAACAGUUUGAUGAUCACUGCCUGCCAACCACUAUUUCUGGGGAGAUUGAGGAACUGCUCAAUAUGACCCGCAGGAAUAACUUCCUAGUCUACCUGCAGUGCUGGGAACUCUGUGAGGCCUACGGUCUCCCGCUGACUGAAGAUAUCCUCAUGAGAGCGCUGCUGUAUCCGGGAGACAGGAUAAUUUCUCUGAAAGAAGAAGUCCGCCCAAUCCGGCAGCCUGGAGGGUAUUACAUAGACCACAGGAUUGUGCACAGCCUGGCUGGAUUCAAGAACCUCCACAAGCGUGGGGAAAAGGAGACAGACAAGAAAACAUCGGAGAAAAUGAAGGAAAUGCACUUUCCCGAUUUCGAGGAAUUUACCGGGAAGCUUAAGUCGAAGAGGCUAAGAGGUCCCUCACGCACCCACCCCAAUCACUUCUGGCCUGGUCACCUUCUGGACAAGCUGCGGCUCUACCUGCCCACUGUGUCCAGGGACCAGAGCCUGGCGAUCUUCAGCUGUAUAGAACACAAGCCCCCUGCUUACUCUGCCGUCUACAACUCUAAGGACUGGUGGCCCAUGAAAGACGUUAAUUACAUGACCUAUGCCUAUUAUGAUGCAAAGAAGGUAUACUUCAUCAACUAGAGGCCUGAAGCAUGCUGGGUCAGAAGACUGCAGCCAGGAGCCCACAGCUGCAGACCUGAGAUACCAACCGGCUAUACAAAGGAAACAUUCCCAGGGAAGGUCUGGGGAUAUGUCUUCUGACGCCCCAGUGUCCAGUGGAGUGUGGAUGUGUCCGCACGCACACAUGCUGUGCUUUCUUCUCUGUCAUGACCUCUGUCCUUUUGAAAUAAACCAAAUUAGAGCUGACCUGUAA